AUGCGAUGCGCGAGCAAGGCCGCCGAGAGCUCGUCUGCACGUCUCUGUGCGGACGCCGAAGCAGAAAUAACAGCAACUGAUGUCCCAUCGGUUGCUGAAGAGACCCAGUCUGUGUCACUUGGUGACGCAGGCGCUGGUCAUGAAGACACUCGUGUCUUCACAGAGUACGAGCUCGGUGUCUCGUACUCUCCUGAUACGGAUGACGGAUCCGUAUCGACGGCGAUUGAAUCUAAGCCGCCUGCCAAGCGUGGCAUGGACGAUGCUUUGCGUCGCAGCAUCUUUGGUUCAUCUGAUGAGUCAGAUGAACCAUCGCCGAAGCGAAGGCGCUCGAGGUCGCGAGACUCGGGCGCUAAUAGUGGUGUCGGUUCUCCAAUGGACACCACUUCACAGCGAGGUGCCAGUACUUCUGUCGGCACGUCGCAGGAAGAGCGGGACCGCAAUGUGUUGCGUCUCGCUCCAGAAAAGAAGGCAUGGAUGCCUCCUAAAUCCGUCAUGGAUCACUUGUCGGCGACGACGAGUGAUCGUUAUCGAACACGAUUGUUCGAUUCGUCAAGGAUCCAUCACCUUGACUCCAGCGCGAAAGACUAUCGCGCUGAACAUGAGGCGUGGAACGCCUACAUCCAUAACCUCGAGGAUGUAGGUCGUGACGCUUGGAACGACAAACUUAUCAAAGCUCGUGAUAAGUUUGAAAAGCGAACCCCGACAGGUGCACGCUACAAGCUGCAUCGUCUGUCAAGGGAGAAAGGAUUACCCUGCCUCUCUUGGGUAGACUCGUGCCCAUGUUGUGUGAACAACUCUGCACGAGCACCUAAGGAGGCUUACCUCCUUACCAGCCCGUGGUGGCGCGUACGUGUCUCUACUGAGAUGUACGAAGGGAUUGACAACCUGAAAUCCCUUUACGACCGUGCCGGGAAGACUUUCUCCGGCGGUCCUUCUGCGGCACAGGAUGUGCCGCGUCGUACUGCUCGACCAGACCCAGUACGUCAACCAUCAAUUGGGAGCGGGGCUCCCAAGAAUCCCAGGACGGGGGAUAGCCGCGCCACCGGACGAGGUAACUCGUCCGACGUCCGUUCACGUCGCGGUGGUUCAACAGCUGCUCAACUAGAUAGCGCUGGCCACCGCGAGAGUCCUCUAAUGGAGGUGGAGGAGGAGGAAAGACGCUCUCCACACGAUCAUGUGGAUCGGUGUGUUCCCGAGAGCUUCUUUGAUCGCGUAACGCAAGGGUUACGCGACGAUCUCGAGCAUGAGCGGAAUAGGCGUCUCCAGAUGGUGGACACUGCCUCGAAGCAUCGAGCUGAGUUUGCCUUUGCUCAGCUUGAGAACGAGAGAUCUCUGACAUCUCUUCGUGACGAGCUAAGGGUAGCUCGUGGGAUUGUUGAUCGGUCUCGGGAUGAGAUAGCUGCUCUUCAGACCCUUGUUGAUGCCCACCAUCGGGAGCACAAGGCUCUCUGCGAGAUGCUUGAGCGCAAGGGCGUUCUUCAUCGGAAGAAGCAGCGUACUGAUGGUACGGCUUAA